UUGAUCCUCUCCCUUCCCACCCCCUCCCCUCCUCCGAUUUUCUGCCCUUUUUUUUUCGUCCCCUCUGGUUUAGUCUGAUUUUCGUCAUCCCGUACUGUAUUUUAUUUUAAUUUUUUCUCAUUUUACUUAGUCUGCCCUAGCCUCCCACUCCCACUCCGACCUGCACUCUUCAAUGCCAACUUCCAUAUCUACCGCUCCCCUCAGCCAAGGAUCCCCUCCCUCUUCUCUCAUUGAUUAUCAGCCUCAGUCCGUCCCUUCUUCUUCUUCCCCUCCUCCUUCUACAGCUGCUGCUGCUGCUGCUGCGGUUGUCGUCGCUGUUCCUUCGUCUUCCUCCCCGGUCGACCUUGGCCUCCCGUCUUUCACCUCCACCUCGUCCCUUAUCACGUCCGACGUCCCCGCCACCACAACCACACCCAGUUUUACUGGUUCGGUUAUCGGCUCCAUUUCACGUCGGAAUCGACGCUCUUUUGCUGCUCUCGCUCGAGAAAAGACUUCUAGCGCUCUCGCAAAUCUCUCGUCAAUCGGCUCGACCACGAAUUCCUCCCUCCGGCAGUCCGCCUCAUCCGGGAGUCUACAGAAGCAUUCGCGCAAGGCUUCGCAACUGAGUGUGGGCGAAAUCUCAGGCUUUGUUCCACUCUCCCCGCCAUUGUCCGACGGUAGCGGCAGCAGCGAGCAAUCGAGCUCUGCCCCGUUCGAACCUUUAUCAGCGGUCACUGAGCAGCCCAACCCUGCCGCAGAACGGCGCCGCCAGACCAUCCAGCUUGUACCGCCCAUCUCUGAGAACAUACCUGUUUCUCCCGCCAAAAUGCAUCAAACCUCGUCAAGGCUGUUGCGCAUGACGGAGGAUGAUCGUCCUUUCACCAAGGAUUUCAUGGAUCUUUUCUCUACUCUUAUGGUCAGCUUGAAACUGGAUUCGCAUCGCGUUCGCUUUACGAAAUAUGACCACACUUUCACAUCGGAGGAAGCCAUUAACAAUCUGGGCUCCCUCAAAUUCUCUCAAUCGAACCGGAUGCCAGACCCGAAAGACCCCUCCCGCAUUGUAACCACUACUACAACAACUACCUUCUCAAUGGCGAAAGAAAUGGCUCGAUCGGUAUGUCAGCGGUUUGUGGAUGCUCGCUUCAUUGAGUCUGUGGAUGGGAAAUACUCGCACACGUUUCCGCUGAAGGGCGCUUUAUAUCAACUUACUCCGAAAGGUAUCAACAUUUUGCAGAGGUUCUGUCAGAGAAACGGCAUCACUGCGCGCCAUGUUAUUGACGUCCUGGAGUCGCCCCGCAACACUAUGCAACUCGUCAACUUGGAGCGCGAUACCGAAACCGACAAGCUCUCCCACGACCGAGCGACGAUCGAAGUCAUCUUCCGUCGAUUCGCAGGGCAGGACGGCCCUAAUGUGAAGAGCAGUGUCUCGAGCUCGGAUUCAGAUUCCCUCAGCGACUACUCAAAUGGUCUGGUUGGAGUAAAGAUGGCUCGGGAGCGCAAAGUCGGCGACAAAAUUUGCGCCAAUACUUUCACUGGGAAGGCUGCGGUUGACUGGCUGAUGGACUGUUCGACAACCAUUGAGCCCCGGGAGACGGUUCUGAUCGCGGAACUUUUUGUUAAGUAUGGAUUGAUCACCGUACUUCAGGAGGACCGGUCAAUGCCGCAGGUCGAGAACUCACUAGUUGCUUUCCAACCCUCGAAGAACGCGAUCUACGCCAUCACUGAGCGUGGCCAGCGGGUUUGCGGAUGGCUCGCUCGCGACAAGCCUCGCGACACGACGACCUAUGACAGCCGUGGCAUCCCACGGGAUUCGAAUAACGCACGCUUGAACCAUAUCUUGCAAGACCCUGCCCUACGCCUACUAUUCCGAGAAUUUCUCCGUUUCUCACUCUGCGAAGAAAACCUGUCAUUCUACAUUGACGUCUCCGAGUUCACCACCCAGUAUCAUAAAUUCGACAAGGUGGGCCACUUCAAGAAGCCCGACGCUGUACGGGAAACGCUUGCGGCAGCAUAUGGCCUUUACAAUGCGUUCCUAGCACCCGGGUCUCCCUGCGAGCUCAACAUUGACCACGCGCUCCGUAACAGUCUGGCCAGUCGCAUGACGAAAGCUGUUGGCGACGACGACUCAAUGCUCAAGAGUCUCCAAGAAGUAGUCCAGCUGUUUGAGAUGGCACAAACAUCGGUAUUCAAGCUUAUGUCAAGCGAUUCUGUUCCCAAAUUCCUGCGGGAUCCGAAAUACUCCGCAAUCCUCCAGGAGCACGACGUUGAUGACCUGAUCGGUGGUGGAAGAUCUUACUCGCCUACGCCUGGAAACGUCCCGGAACGAUCGAUGAGUCGCUCACAACGUUCAUGACAGUAAUUAUCUACACGCGUGAUGGCUACGCCCAUCGUACCCUAUCGGUCGAUAUUACUUUCUAGGCACGAUUUUGUUCCACGCGAUACGUUUUAAUAUCUUCAUUCCACGUCUGUGAUAUGAACGCCCUCCGCAUUGUUUCCUAUAUAUAAUCCACCCUCGAGACACGACACCUAUUUCCCCCGACGAGCUUCCUGCAAGCCAUCACGAGAUAUGAAAGACAUUAUGAUCCACGGAUCAUGUUGAUAGAGACGCCUGGGCAGAAAUUUUGCUGAUGUUUUCUGUCGCCUUUUCUUUUAUCCAUUCGCACGGAUUCCACUGGGAUAGAAAUGCGGAAAGCCCAAAACAUAAUUGUUGAGCAGCAUUAGAGUGGCGUUUCUUCCUGCUUCAUUUACUCUUUUUCAUCUCAUUUGUCGCACUAUUCUCCCAUGUAUGCACGAAGCUAAGACCUCAAUUUCCUUACUUCAUUUUCCUUUUAUUUCAUCUAUUCACUUCGGGACAUCAAGUCGACAUGUAGGUGCCCUCGUCUUAUGUUCUCUCUGCACGAGCAUCUAGCGUCUUCCAAGCAAUCUGCACGCAUCUAUCUGGUUUCGCAUUUCAGGGUUCAGCGCUGUCUGGCUAUCUGUUCUAUGCAGCUACGGCGAUUCGAUUCUCGUUUGCCUUAUCUUCUCUUCUUGACCGAGGUUCCCUGCUGUUCUUGUAUACAUAUGAUAUGAUUCACAUACCUACCAUCCAGAAAUUUAGUAAAAGCAUUCAGAAAC